CUCAUUCAUCCUCACAUCAUGAUUGCCGUACAGUCACAACCCUCGACGUCGGCCCUCGCCUCCUUCCCUGCCGUCCCUCCCGCCGAGUCCGCUGCACCGACACAAGUCGCAGAGGCUCUCCCAGACACGGUCCCAGAGAACGCCCCCGCCCACUGUCCCGGCACAGACUCGACCGAAGCGGGCAAAGCGUCUGCCUGUGAAGGAUGUCCUAACCAAUCUACCUGUGCUACCACGCCCAAGGGUCCUGAUCCUGAUCUACCCAAGAUCAAGGAAAGGAUGAAGGGAAUUCGGAAUAAGAUUCUGGUCAUGAGUGGGAAAGGUGGGGUGGGGAAGAGUACAUUCACUAGUAUGCUUGGAUGGGCUUUCAGUGGCGAUGAGAAGAUUCAGACGGCCAUCAUGGACAUCGACAUCUGCGGUCCCUCGAUUCCGACCAUUCUCGGCCUCUCCACCUCCUCCAUCCAUUCCUCAGCCACAGGCUGGUCUCCCGUCUACCUCUCCGAUAACCUCUGCUGUAUGAGCAUCGGAUUCCUCCUCCCCUCGGCCAAUUCGGCGGUGAUCUGGAGAGGACCCAAGAAGAAUGGACUCAUCAAGCAAUUUUUGAUGGAUGUAGAUUGGUGUGGUGGACUGAAAGAGGAGGAGCACGAAGAAGAAGAAGAAGAAGAAGAAGAAGAAGAAGAGCAAGCCUCCAAGCCAAAUGUUGGCGAGGUCGUCACCACGAAUGGGAACGGGGAUGCGAACGGUCACCGUGCCUCCUCGCGCCGUUCGCACGCUCUAGAUUACAUGCUCAUCGAUACUCCCCCUGGCACUUCCGACGAGCACCUCAGUAUCGUCUCCUACCUUCAAGAAUCCGGCAUCAACGGAGCCAUUCUCCUCACCACUCCCCAAGAAAUCUCCCUCCAAGAUGUACGCAAGGAGAUCAAUUUCCUCCGAAAAGUCAAAGUGCCCAUCCUGGGAGUCGUGGAGAACAUGGCUGGUUUCGUAUGUCCAGCAUGUCAUGGGCGGAGCGACAUCUUCUAUCCAUCGACGGGAGGGGCAAAGGCGCUUUGUGAAGAUGAGGGACUGACAUUCUUGGGAAGUGUGCCGUUGGACCCGAGGAUUGGGAAGUGUGCAGAUCUGGGGGAGAGCUUUGUGGAUGAGUAUCCAGAGAGUCCAGCCAGUACUGCCUAUCUAGAGAUUAUUGACAAAAUUCGCGAACUGGCUCCUUGAUCUUCUCUCCUCUUCUCUUCUCUUCUCCAUUCCUCCAUUUCCCCCCCCCGCCCCCUACCUCUCCUCUUAUUGUCCUACUUGGCUCCUCUCAGUCUCAUUCAUGUACAUAUACCCGCAUACCUUAGACCUUCCUUCCUUCCUCCCCCUUUAUCUCUCUUCCAGAUUCUCGAGGUCCGAGGUCCGAAGUCCCAUAAUGUACCAUACAAUAGAAUGUCUCAGCACUCAGCACAACGACUCGAUGCACUGCAUCUACUACACUCCCGCCACACCCAGUCAUCUCAUGUUUGGUCUGGUCAGGAGCUAGGGUAGGGUAGACAGAC